AUGUUUCAUGCCAUCACUGAAGGGCAAGGUUUCAGGUAUGAGAGGAGGGAGGUUAACCCACUCGGGCAAGACUUGCUGCUCGCACGCGUAAGAAUCGGCACGACACCCAGUGGAGUGUCGCUUGACAAUCUGAGCGAGGUGCUUUCCAAGGUACAACUGCCAAGCGGCAAUUCCGAGUGCUGCGUCACAUGGGCCGCGGAUGGAAUAAAGGAGCUACUCGAAAACAACAUGAUUUCUCUGUUUGACACCAAGGAUUUCCCCAACAAGGUGACAGAGUAUGAAAAUAAACGUUUUGGCGCCACGAUACAUUCAAAGGAAGGAGUUGACAUUCCUCGGUUCGGAAUCGGCCGCUACGAUGCGCAGACGGGAACCAUCAUUGGGCCGGACGAGCAAGGCCCCGGGCAAUCCGAGGAAGAGCUGAAGCGAGGCCCGUCCUGGGGCCAGCAAAGCCAUGACCCGCCAGCCGGACAUGCAGUGGACUCUUCUGUCCUUUGCCGACGGGCUGCCGUGGACUGCGUCAGCCGCCAAACCAAGGAGUAUGGCCCUACGGCCGAGGCGCCGCCUGCCAAAGGCCAAGAGGCAGGCCGAGACGAACUAGUAGAGAUGGCCGAGCGACGGUCCAAGGAGGAUUUCGACAGUCUCCUCGGAGAAUUACAAGAGCUCAGCACGCCGCCACGCGGCGAAGGAAUCGCCAGCCUCACGGCCAAGGUCGGCGAGGGCAUGCUAGGGGGUGCCGGCCUCGCGGUCUACGGCGAAGCGGUGGCGGACGUAUUCUCAAGCAACGCCAGCGUCCUCGACAAGGCCGCGGUCGUGCCCGGUACAGGCUGCGCCGUCGAGCUUGCGGACGAGAUGCACAGGGGACACGUCAGCGCUGGCCACAUUGCGCUACGCUUUGUCGAAGACGCUCUAAUGGUCUCUGGGUUCUGGGAAAUCGCCGUGGGAAUACAACCAUUGGAGUCGCUGGCCGACGCCAUGCACCAGCUGGCCGAGCAGAGGGCGCUCUUCGACACCAGCGUGUUCAGGGAGAAGGGCAUGCGAGGGUGGGAGCACAGCUGGGGGAGAAUGCUGGAUCGCUUCGCGUCCGACGAGUUUGCCGCGUCCGUCAAGAAGAAGCUCUCAGCUCACCAACUCCUCGUUCUGUACCAUACAUGGCAGCUGUCUGGCGACUUUUCACGCCUCCCACAAGGCUGCUUCGGCACAGUUCAACAUGGCCACUACACAAGUCAUGGCACAUAUGCAGCCCAGGCUCAGACGACACCUCUGCGCAGCCAUAGCGCACAGCAAAUGCCAACCAAGGCAGAGGCUUGA